UUCAAACAAACGGCAGGAAGGCACACACACACGGACACACACACGGGGCUGGAAGAAGACACAAAGUGUACAAAUCCGGGAAGUCUUUUUGUUUUGCUUUUGAAUGAACAUCAGCGAGGGUGUGUGUUUUUUUUCCUCUCUUUGACGAACCACGGGAUGACAAUGUGCCGUGAAUGAAAGAGCUGGGUGCUUGGAAGAGAUUUAGUUAGCCUCGGAAGAAGGAGAGCUGUACAUCACCCUCCAGAGCCAAAUGUGUCUCUAAGACACUCUCGUCACUUCGCUACCAGCGGGCAUUAUGUUGAACCCAAUCUAAAUUCGCCCCACUCCUACCUGUACCCUCCCAUUCCCUGAACCCCAACUUCACAAUGACCAGUCUCAAGCGUUCCCAGACAGAACGCUCCGUCGGGGGCUCGGUGCCAGCAACCGAUGAGUUCUACACACGCCGUUUGCGUCUUCCCAAUGGAGGCGCACCACCACCCCGCAGCGAGAGCGCUCAUAUUUCUUCUUCCUCCACCACCGGCACCAACCCCGGUGUCCCCAAGAUGGGAGUUCGGGCUCGUGUGGCAGACUGGCCCCCUAGAAAAGAUGGUGGAGGCGGAGGUGUUUGGCAUAUCACAGUGGAAACUGACUCACCCAGCUCCACCACCACCACCAGCUCUUCGGGAAGUGGUGGAAGUGGAGAUCGAGAGAGACUUAGUGGAGGUGGUGGCAGUGGUGGCAGUGGUGGUAGUGGCGGCGGUGGCGGAGGGGUUGUCUCAGCUGUCACAGCCCACAGCAAUUUGUCAGCCAAGCUGGGCCAUCUCAUCAGUCCCCAAGACUCAUCCAUGCUCCGCAAUAUCCAGAACACCCUGAAGAAUAAGAUGCAAAUGAAAGGAAAGGACAACCGUUUUCUGUCGCCUGAUGGCUACUUGGGUUCCCCUCGUAAAGGUAUGAGACGCAUCCGACAGCGUAGCAACAGUGAUAUAACAAUUAGUGAACUGGACGGCGACGGUAAUGAGGGCUGGUCUUUUUCUGGGUGGACUCCCAUGCACCGCGAGUAUGGAAGCACUUCAUCCAUAGACAAACAUGGCGUGUCAGGGGAGAGUUUUUUUGACAUGCUCAAAGGAUACCAGUCCUCUGAGGCCCCCGAUCAACGAAGCCCAGCCCCGGAAAGAAUAACCGAGCUGCUGACUGUAGCCCCCGUGAAACAGACAGCCCUGGAUUUGCCUGAUGGUCCCAUGGGACCAGCUAGAGGUAGUCCUGCCAGUCGACUUAAGGAAAGAGAGAAGCACUUGAAAAGGAGGUCGAAGUCAGAAACCGGCGGAGAGUCCAUAUUCCGUAAGUUGCGCAGCGUGAAAGUAGAAGGUGACACAUCGAGAGCUGGGUCAGAUGCUGAGGAUGGAGGGAAAGGGGAUGAGAGCGCACCCCCUCCCAAGCCUUGGAUGUGCCAAAAGGGCUUUGCCCAUUUUGAUAUCCAUUCGUUACUCUUUGACCUCAAUGAGGUCAUCCAAAGCCGGCAGUCCGGAGCCAAACGUAAGAACACCACUACCGGUGCCUCGGCUGCCGCUGCUGCUUCAGCCACAUCGUCCCUCUCCUCCAGUCAGAGUGUAGUGUAUGGGUCACCCUGUGGCUCGCAGGAGGAGCUGAGUAAAGAAGGGAUGGGAGGACACGGCGCCAACCCGGCCUUGGACCCAGGCGACGACAAGAGCAACGACCUUGUGCUCAGCUGCCCGUGUUUCAGGAACGAGAUUGGUGGAGAGGGCGAGAGGAACAUUGCUCCAGCUAAACAGCAAGGUAGCAUUGGCAGUGGUGGGAACUCAAGCAAUUCUACUAGUAGUCCAGAAGAAGGACCGUUGGAGGCUACGCUCACUACUCAUUUUACAAACGCUGGUGUGGCAGUCCUGGAGGCCCCGAAGGACGGCCCGAGUCAACACGCUGACCGGUCCAAACGGUAUAUUGUGGAACACGUUGACCUCGGAGCCUAUUACUAUAGAAAGCACUUUUACCUCCGAGAACACUGGAACUACCUGGGGUUGGAUGAGAACUUGGGACCCGUGGCAGUGAGUCUCAGGAGGGAGAAGGUGGAGGAACACAAGGAACACGGCCAGCAGUACAACUACAGGGUCAUUUUUCGAACGAGUGAGCUAAACACCCUGCGUGGCUCCAUCAUGGAAGACGCAGUGCCGUCGACAUCGAAACAUGGUUUAGCACGAGGCCUGCCCCUCAAAGAGGUGCUGGAGUACCUGGUUCCUGAGCUGAAUGUCCACUGCCUGCGUCUGGCACUUAACACCCCCAAGGUCACUGAGCAGUUGAUGAAGUUGGACGAGCAGGGGCUGAGUUUCCAGCGAAAAGUGGGGGUGAUGUACUGCAUGGCAGGCCAAAGCAGCGAGGAAGAAAUGUACAACAAUGAAUCAGCCGGUCCCGCGCUGGAGGAGUUCCUUCAUCUUCUGGGAGAGAGGGUUCGACUCAAAGGCUUUUCCAAAUACCGGGCCCAGCUGGACACCAAGACUGACUCAACGGGCACUCACUCCCUGUACACCACUCAUAAGGAUUAUGAGAUCAUGUUCCACGUUUCAACCAUGCUUCCUUACACUCCUAAUAAUAAACAACAACUGCUGCGGAAGCGUCACAUCGGGAAUGACAUCGUGACCAUUGUAUUCCAGGAACCAGGGGCGCUUCCCUUCACCCCCAAGAACAUCCGUUCACACUUCCAACAUGUCUUUGUGAUUGUGCGGGCGCACAGUCCCGGUUCUGACAAUACCUCUUAUAGCGUGGCAGUCACCCGGUCCAAAGACAUGCCAUCAUUUGGACCGCCUAUCCCAGAAGGCGUGACCUUCCCCAAGUCGUCCGUGUUCCGGGACUUCCUCCUCGCAAAGGUCAUCAAUGCAGAGAACGCUGCCCACAAGUCUCACAAAUUCCGCGCCAUGGCGACACGAACACGCCAGGAGUACCUGCGUGACCUGGCCGAGAGGCAUACAACCAGCACGCCCAUUGACCCAUCCGGAAAGUUCCCAUUUAUCUCCCUGGCCCACAAGAAAAAGGAGAAGAGUCGUCCGUAUGCGGGAGCUGAGCUCCGCAGUCUUGGGGCCAUUACCUGGCCGGUCCAUGCGGAGGAUCAUGGCAGCGGCGGGGAGAUCGAUGCCCUUCUGGCCAUUUCCAAUGAUUUCCUCAUAUUGUUGGACCAUGACGUUAAGGCCGUGGUGUUCAACUGUGCCACUAAGGAUGUGAUUGGCUGGACGCUGAGCAGUCCGGCGUCUUUAAGGAUUUUCUAUGAGCGUGGAGAAAGCGUGUCGCUAAGGAGUAUCAGCAAUAACACUGAGGAUUUCAAAGAGGUGCUCAAACGUCUGGAGUUCCUGACAAAGGGCUGUGAGACAUCGGAGAUGACCCUCCGUCGAAACGGCCUCGGACAGCUUGGCUUCCAUGUGAACUAUGAAGGCAUUGUUGCCGAGGUGGAGCCGUACGGUUAUGCUUGGCAGGCGGGGCUGCGGCAGGGAAGUCGCUUGGUAGAAAUCUGCAAAGUCGCUGUUGCAACACUGACUCACGAGCAAAUGAUUGACCUGUUACGCACUUCGGUGAGCGUGCGUGUUUCCAUCAUCCCACCGCACGAUGACGCCACUCCGCGCAGAGGCUGUUCAGAGCUCUACCGCAUGCCGAUGGCCGACUACAAGAGCAGCAGCAAUGAUAGCGGCUCCUUCGAAUACAAGUUCCCCUUCCGCAGCAACAACAACAAGUGGCAGAGGACCUCCAGCAGCCCCCAGCAGUCACUCACUGCCUCACCGCAGCCUCACACUCCCAACAGGGCCAUCAGCCUGGGGAGCUCGGUGGGCAAGACCCUGUCAGCUGAGAGGUUGGAGAGGGGAGCGGUCAUCCCACGCAGUGUCAGCAGUGAUGGACGCCCAAUGGACACCAAAAGGAUGUCUCCAGGCACCGAGAGCUACAGUCUGGCUUCCUCCAUGGCUCUGGGACGCUCUCCUCAUAAUCGCAGCUCUCCCAGUAACCUGUCCUGUUCCAGCGACGCCUCCGGCGGCUCGGCUCACUGGAGACAGAAGUCCAUGCCAGAGCAGUUUGUAAGCAAUCGCCAUUCUCCAAUGUCCAAUGAGAGACAGGUCGUUGGAGAGGGCGGGUCAGGUGGCAAGUCUGCACCCAAUUGGUCGAGAGGAAUGGAGGAAGGAGGGCCCGAACGAGGGUCAACAGAGGCACCGGUCUCUAAAUCUGGGCAAGGCUACUCUGGAGGACCUCGCAUCCAAAGACAGGAGCAGGUCAUCCAUCUUUCCCCCAAGAAGAGCAGUCAGUCGGACGGCCCCUACUCUGGACACUCCAGCAGUAACACUCUAUCAAGUACGGCUUCCAGUGGGGGUCACAGUGACAGCGAUAAAUGGUACGAAAUGGGGGCCGGCGGAGGCUCCAGCGGGGACCAAGGUGACCCAGAACCCAACGGCCUAGGAGGUGGAGGUUACCUUCAGGGCGCCUCAGCCGACAGCGGCAUUGACACCAGCUCUUACGGGGCCUCGCACCACAACCACCCGCACUCGCAUCACGGCAGCACCACCUCGCUGCUUGCCCCCAGCGGGGGCAGAGAGAGCAGGGAUCGAUCCCCGUGGCACAGCCCCACAGAAGGAGGACGCCGAAUGCUGGAAAGGUCACCUGCGGCUGCUGAGUCCCCAGGUCCUCCGGCAGAAAGGAGCCUGGAAGGUACCGGUCGAACCCCUCCUACUCAUCUCCUGGUUCGUGACAGCAGCACCUUCAGUCUGAGUGAUGGCGGCUCCCACUCGAGGCUUAGCUCCCCUCGCGAUGAAUCAUCUUCAACCACAUCACCAUCAUCCCAGUCUUCGGUGUCUCCUGGACCAAAGAGCUUCUACCCUCGGCAGGGAGCUCAGUCCAAGUACCUGAUAGGCUGGAGGAAGCCCGGUUCCACCAUUAAUUCCGUUGACUUUGGAGACACGCGCAAGAAAUCCCCGGUGGAAAGUGGGGGGGAUGCUAUUCCAACCCCGGCAGCCAGGCCUUCACUGAGGGACAUGCACGCUCCGCAGCCCCAUGCUAAGUCUACUGUAGAGGAAGAUGUGAAGAGGCAUGGCGCCCAGGACAGCCCCCUGCCCCCACGCAGACAUAAGGACAAGCACCCCCAGAAGUCCCCACCAAGCCAGCCCCCCAGCCGCCGUCGCUCCCUCCAUCGUACGCUGUCAGACGAGAGCAUCUACCGCGGCCAGCGCCUUCCCUCCCUGGCUGACUCGGUGGUGGAACCGACACUCGGAGCCGACGUUCUCUUCAGCUGCUCCACCCUCCCGCGCUCACCCACCACCCGGGGCGUGCCCCUUCGACGACCCUCCUAUAAACUGGGAGUCAAACUGCACGGCGACCUCUCCGCAUCCGACACGUCAUUGGUGGAUUUGGUGGAGCGCCACCGCGGGCCGCUGCCGCAGGAGCUGAUGCCCCUCCCAUCCUCUGACAGGGACACCCCACUGGAAUGGACACACCUCGUGGACGUGGCUAACACCUUUGAGAGUGAAAGAAACACACACUAUGUCCAGAGAAGCUACGUGUUUGGGGAUUCAAACCACAGAAGCAGCGGGGCCUCCAGUCCUCAGCAGCCCCACAUAGAGCUCCAACCCGCCCCCAUGUCCCGGCCUUCGUCGAGCGAGGGUCACAUAGGACUGGAGAGGAAGGUGACAAAGCUGGAGGCCAUGGUGAAGAUGCUCCAAGAGGACCUCAAGAAGGAGCGAGACGAGAAGGUCCGACUUCAGGCCCAGAUCAAGAGGCUUUGGGAGGAUAACCAGAGGCUUCAGGAAGAGUCUCGGUCCUCCGCUGCAAAGCUCAAGAAGUUCACAGAGUGGGUCUUCAACACCAUCGACAUGAACUGAUGCACCUCUGGACAGAAGAGGACACAAAUGGCCCCCAGUUUCCAAAAGAAAAAGAAACUCUCCGUCUGAAAACACCAGGGGGCGUAGUUUGACCUGUUAGGAUGACGCACAGCAAAUAUUUUUAGCUUUUUUCUGAUUUUGCUGUGCUCUCAUCUAUUUUUUUUUUUUUUUGAGAAAGGGAAUCCACGCCCCUCUUACGGAAGCAACGCCCCCCGGUUCCGAUAAAGUGACCACAAGCCAUCUACUGACCCUCCUGCCUUGAAACCACAGUCCUCUUCUCUUUUCCUCAGACGACUUUUUAUUGUGCCAAAUCAAAGCCAGCGGAACGCAACCUCUGCUCACCCACCGGACUGUGGGGACGGCUUUUCAUUCCACACAGAUGGAGACAGAAAAUCAGCCCCCCCCCCAAAAAAAAAUUGAGAUUCUUUUGAACGAUCCCGAAGGCUGAUUGUUUCUCGGCACUGACGGGAAUUCGUAUCCAUUCCAAUGUUAUCUCGUUUGGGGAGGGGGCGUAAGCGAUAACACCCGACCUGUCUCUACGGCGCAGACCAGCCCCCCCGUCAAUAGGAAGAUGUUUAAAAGCCAUCGGCAGCGGUGCCAACGCCAUAAAAUACAGACUUCUAUGCGGAGUGCUUUGGGUCUUAAAAGCAAUAGGGAAGAUGCCGGGAGAGAUUUCCUUGGAUGGAUGUGAGGAAAAAAUAUGUUCCUGAUAACACGACACUGCUGCACAUGAGCCUCUGUCCCCUUGCCCCCUUGUCCCCUCGUCCCCUUGUCCCCUUGCCCCCUCUCCGCUAGCAAAGACUAAAGAGGCGAGAGAACAAUUUCAUUGAACGGAUGACGAUGAAGGGUUUAUUUAUUUCCUUGUAUUAUAAUUCCGAUGAAUAAGUUUCUCUAUUAGCACAGUACAACUGGCAUCAGUGUUUAGUUCCUCAAGAAGAAAUCUAACUAUAUAAUUUAAUGGCUUUCUUUCCUAAUCCUGGCUAAAGCCUGAGUAUCUUUUCUUGUAUUUUGUGGUGCUCCAGCCUGCUGUUGUGUUGCUUCCAACGCCCUCUAGUGAUGACCAGUGGAAGUGUCAUGGUUAUUUUAUGUGCCGCCACUUAGUGUGUUUUCCUCUUAGAACCUUUUCGCCCGGGCUUGGUGCCACCUAAAGGUGGCGGAGCAUCGUUAGCCAGCUGUAGACAAUCAGAGGUUGAUUUUUGGGAGCUGACAUUAGGUGUGCUCUAUGUUUAUUGUUUUCAAUUCCAUACUUUCCCACGAGGAUGGUCUGAGAAUUCCGAGGUUAUUUCACUUAAAUCUACCUUUCAAUACUGGAAAAUGUGUGUUUAUGUACAGGGUGAAUGUACAUGAGUCUAUCCAGCCGUGCCUACAGUCACUAUGGUCAUUUCCUCCCAGGGUCCAACGUGCCUUUGAAACAGCACCUGGCCAACACAUGAAAGUGGAACACUCCUCUUCAUCCCAUGUAAACACACCUGCUAACACGCCAAUAAAGGUCUAGUGUUUCUAUUGUAUGCACAAUGGCAGGGGGCCUGGCACAAUGCCUUGUGGUUGCCUAGUGAUAUACAAAAGGAAAAAUAAUACUCGUAUUUGUACACAAUCUUGCUAAAUUAUUUCCCUCCUGCAUUCAGUUGCAUGCAGAGUGCCAUCAAAUGAGCUGUUAUUUUUAAAACAGUUAAAAAAAAUAGUACAUUUGUUAUUAAAGCCAUUUGAAAUAGUGUUUUACAAAUGAAACAAUUCCAUUCAUACAGUACACAGUAUUGCAGUUACACACACAUCAUGUCUUGUCUCACAUCUUCCUGCUUGAGAAUGUUGAGUGACUUGUGAAACGGCGCUCUCUGCUGGAGUCAUGGAGUUUUUACCCCCCUGCAGGUAGCGCCAUCAACCACUUUCUAUUUCAGGCUAUGGUCCGUAUUUAUUUAGUCAUUCAUUCAUUCAUUCAUUUUCUACCGCUUAUCCUCACAAGGGUCGCGGUGGUGCUGGAGCCUAUCCCAGCUAGAAGUUUGAAAGCAGAGUUGUCCCAAUACAACGUUUCCACUUUAAAAUACCAAUAUUGCAGCCUUGAAUAUCAACCGAUGCCAAUAUUGAUAAAUUAUCGCUGUUUGGGGGUUUAAUGUAAGUUUAUCAUUUGGAGAAAAAUAUAUGCAUUCAUUCAUUUUCUACCGUUUAUCCUCACAAGGGUCGCGGGGGUGCUGGAGCCUAUCCCAGCUGUCUUGGGCCGAAAGGCGGGGUACACCCUGGACUGGUGGCCAGCCAAUCACAGGGCACAUAUAGACAAACAACCAUUCACACUCACAUUCAUACCUAUGGACAAUUUGGAGUGGCCAAUUAACCUAGCAUGUUUUUGGAAUGUGGGAGGAAACCGGAGUACCCGGAGAAAACCCACGCAUGCACGGGGAGAACAUGCAAACUCCACACAGAGAUGGCUGAGGGUGGAAUUGGACCCUGAUCUCCUAGCUGUGAGGUCUGCGUGCUAACCACUAGACCGCUGUGUCGCCCGCUAUGGUCCGUAUGAAUACAGAUAUUUUACAAGCACACUUUUCACUCUGUUUUUGUCCUUGAAAACUGCUUCCCAUUCAAGAAACUAUAUAUUUUUUUGCCAUCAUUUCGAAGCCAUUAGGAGUUUUGGCCAUAUUGCGUUCAUAAGAUGUCUACGUAAGAAACAAGGCAACAUCAUAGAAACAUCUUAUUCAAUUCUGUGAGAGGUUGAGGCUUAAAGAUGGAGCGCAGAGGGAGUGUGUGUGCCUUUCGCAUUCAGUUACACAAAGUACAUCAUCGGCGAGCUCAAGUCACUGGUUUGCGCGAGAGUGACCGGUAGAAAAGCUCCUGAUUGCCGAGAUACCGUAUGUUGGUUUAGUGUCUAGAUAUGAGCUUUGUAGGCAAACGUACCGUCUUAUAUUUGGCUGUGGACGUUAGCGCCAGAUGCAUGCACUAGUGGCAGAUGCCGAUUACUAUCACAGUUCUCAUUUGUAGUACCUUGUGGAGUACAUCCAACAUGGCACAUUAGCAUGUGUUGUGAAUGUAGGGUAUCAACAACUAAUUGAAGUUUACUGUAACUAUACCUGUGUAUCCAAUUAUAAACAAAAACAAAGGUUCUGUUUUAAGAAUCGCUAUAAAAAUCGGUUGUAAAUUUCCAUGUUGAAUUGCCUCGGUCUGAUAAUGGAGCUCAUGCAGCUUGUUUAAAAACUAGAUAAUAAUCCAUAUUUUCUUGUAAAGUGCUCUAGUUUUUGUAAUAUAACUAAGAAAUGCCUGAAUGAUGCAGUGUGCCAUGCAAAUGUUUGCCGCAUUGUCUCCUCAUGCAUUAUGGUUCAUCCCGUACAUUUUUUUUUUUUUUUAACCCUCCAUUUUGUAAAGAACUUUGCACAUUUUUUUUCAAACAAAUGGAGUUUACAUACUUUGGAGCGUGAGAAUGAUCCAUCUGUUGUGUGCAAUCAUUAUGAAGAUGUGCUUUGCUGUGCUUUAGUUUUCAUGUUAUUGCAAUUUCUGACCAACAGGGGGAGGUAUAAGACUUUUCCUAAUUAAAAAAAAACAACAACAACAAACAAAUCCCAGUUAUUUCUUUCCCUAAAAAAACUGAUCGGAGAGCAGGCCUGAAAGGGUUCAACCUGUAGUGAUGCUCGGUCUGUGAUGGCGGUUAGGAGGGUUUCAUCAAGCCAUGAUGUGAUGUAACCAUGCCCACCGUGGAACUUUCCAGAGAACAGAUACUGUUUGAUUCCUGUGUCUAUUUUGUCUAUGUAAAAUGUAAAGGUAUAAAGACGACAUUUGCAGUGAUCACAGUAUUGAAGUUUCUGAAAUAAAUAAAUGCCAUCAUGAA